ACACACCACGGCACCACCAAUUUCCGUCUCUCCCCGUCACCGUCCUCUCUUCUCUUCCUUCCUUCUCUUUGCCUUUAAAGCCCGAGCACCCCCUCUCCAGCCCCGUCCCCGCCUCCUCUCUCCCUCUCUACACUCCAACGGUCCAACCCACCACCGUCCUCGGCCGGUCCUCGGCCUCGCCGUACUCUCCACUCUCCAUACCCUGCGGCGCGCUGCUCGUACUCUUCCCUGCCGCAAACCAUCAGUCAAUCUCGCCGCUCCUAGCGUCCGGUUCAGAGAUUCUCUCUCGCUACCGGCCGGGGCCGUCUGUUUCUCGUCCGAGAGGUCGGAGGGCUCCUCGUGGCCGGAGCCUGGGGCAGGACCUGCCAGAGCGGCGUGCAUGAAGACUAAGGCUUACGGUGACGGUGAGGAGCUGGACAAAGUGUUGGCCAAUAGGUUCUGUUCAUGAUGGUGCAGUGCUUCUGUGCUUGAUGGCUUGGUGCUGUUAAAUAAUUUUGCAUUGAUUGUGAUGGAGCCAGAAUCACUCGAUUUUGAAGACAAUGGUGAACACCAAUCUUCAUCAGAAGCUUCUCUUGCUUCAGAUGUGAUAUAUGGUGACUCGCCUGUAUGUCCACGCAUCGGAAGUGAGCACCAGGCAGAAAUCCCCAAUCUGGCUACAGAAGAUGAACGUCGUGAGCUCAUGGCUAGUUCACAUAAUGAUUCCAUAUUGCAUGGGUAUGGUUAUCCUGUUGUGGUUGGGUUAACUUUACCAAUUAUAUGGGCAUCACCAAGAGAAGCCAGUAAGACAGAACAGGUAUUACAAAUGCAAAAUUAUUCAGAAUCUGGAACAAAAGGCAGCACUGGAGAUGUGCAAAGUCAGGUGACCUCAACUUGUGCAACCAGCAAUGACACUGGCAGAUGUGAUCCGACAUUCCAGGAUCUACAUGCAGUAGUUCCUGUAGUUCAAAUUAAAUCUGACAUUAAUCAAGCAUAUAAUGAAAAAAUGGCCCCUUGCCCCUCUCAAGAAGGCCAGAAUGUCACCAAUAAUUCAAUAAUGCAGCAGAGAGAAACCAAACAAUUAAAUCCGCUGCCUUAUUCACCCAUUGCUCUUUGGAGUGAUCUUGAGGCAGAGAUCUUUCUCCUUGGGCUCUACAUUUUCGGCAAGAAUCUCAACCUGCUGAGCAGGUUUUUGGGUACAAAGACUGUUGGUGAUGUGCUUGCAUACUACUAUGGGAAGUUCUAUAGAAGAGAUGCGUACAAAAGAUGGUCUGACUGUAGAAAGGCGAAAACUAGGAAAUGCAUUCUUGGGGAACGCAUUUUUCAAGGAUGGCGACAGCAAGAGCUAAUAUCACGUCUGAAAUCUAAAAUCCCUAAAGAAGCUCAUGAUUCGUUGAUUGAGGUUUUCAAAUCUUUCAGUGAUAGCCAAACAUCUUUGAAGGAAUUUGUCUUCAGUCUGAAAUCCACUGUUGGAGCAGAAACUUUUGUGGAGGCGGUUGGGGUUGGUAAAGGGAAGCACGAUUUGACUGGAUUCAUUAUGGACCAAUCUAAACCCAAUCAAGCUCUCUCUGUUCACAGUGACUUGCCUACAGGCAAAGACUAUUCUUCACUUGCUUCAGAAGAUAUAAUCAAGUUCUUAAAUGGUGAUUUCAGAAGAAGUAAGACUAGAUCAAAUUAUAUUUUCUGGGAAGCUGUAUGGCCCCGUUUGCUUGCAAAUGGUUGGCACUCAGAGCAGCCAAAGGAUGUUAGCACAACUAAGAAUUGCCUUGUAUUUCUUGUGCCGGGUAUAAAGAAGUUCUCGAGAUGUAAACUCACUAAAGGUACUCAUUAUUUUGAUUCUGUCAGUGAUGUCCUCAAAAGAGUGGCAGCGGAUCCUGUUCUUCUUGAGUUGGAGAUUGAUGUGAUAAACAAUGGUUUAACUGCUGAGGAAAAUGGCAGUAUCACAGAUGUGAAACUGAACCAGUAUAGUCCAUUAGAUGGAUAUCAGGAGCUUCCUAAGUUCACAAUAAUUGAUACUAGCUUAGUCGAGGGGGAAGUGCCAUUCAAUGUCAGGGAACUGAGGAACUUACCUGCAGAUUCAAAUAUUAGUUUUCUCCUUUCACAACAUCCAUCUAAUAUGGUGAGUUACAGCUCCUCUGAAGAGGAAGGUGCCAAUGAUAGAUUAUCAGAUGAGCAGGAAGACUAUGGACGAGUUAAAGCUGUUGUCGAUGAAAUUGAAAUGGUUUCAGCUGCUUCACUACAAAACAUGGUGACUGCUAAUGGCAAUGAUGACAAACUAGAUUUGACAGGCAUCAAAACAAAACCUGAAAAGCGCAAAUAUUUGUCCCCAGUGUCAAAAGGCAGAAUGCUAAAUAGCUGUAGUAAUGAACAGGCCAGCCGGCGCAGUUUUUCUUUCUCAAAAGGUGGUGAUUUGGAGAAAGAGAAAAGCAAGCCACCAUUGACUUCAUCCAAACCAGCUGCUCUUGAAGUUGGCGACACUUUUCAGAGCUAUUCUACAAAGGAUAAUCUAUCUGAGCAGAAAAACAAUGCAUUGAACUCUCUUACCAAUUAUGGGCAAAAUGAGAGAAUGGUUAUGGAGAACUUAAUUAACAAGUCAUCAGAGCGUAAGGUUGAUGCAGUGGCUGAAGUUCACUCAAAGAUCAAUGCCGAUCAGCCAAAAUUUAUUAAAGAAAGAGCUGAGGUUGUUGGUCCAAUUGACUUGAAUAAUCUGGGAACGCUACACGGUGAUAAGGCAAGCCGAAGCAUUCACAUCACAUCAUUUGAAAAUCUUGGUAGCGUGAAGGUUGUUGAAGCUUCCUCCAGUUCAGACAAGAACAUGGCCUGUGAUCCUUCAGGGACAGCAGGAAUGCCUGUUAGCGAGGUACCUGAUCCUGCUUUGCAGGUGAAUGCUCGGAGGCACGGAACCAGAAACAGGCCUCCCACCGUAAAAGCUUUAGAAGCUGUUGCGUUUGGACUUCUUGGAAGCGGGAAGCGUAAGGGUGACAUGAAGAACAGGGCGACAAGCCGGCCUUCUCAGCGAGCUCGCAAGGCUGCAAAAGACUCAGUUCCCGUGGCUUCUUGUGGUGAUGCGAAGGUGAGAUGAGCAGAUUUCUGUGCGUUGAUUGGCACAUGCUGACAAUCAACGGUACCAUGACAAUGUGCGGAUGAUGAAUAUCAAGCAACUGCAUGAGGCCUGGAGCUAAGCUGUCCAAAGCUGGUGGUUACCUUACCAUUGUCUAAUGCGGUGCCUACCAUUCAGGAAAUCUUCCAGGUGACGAUGGUUUUACAGGGUGCAUGGUCACCAUUCGAGCCAGGAACCCAUCCUUAGUUUUUUUUUUUAGUCAAUAGAAGCCCUGUGCCUGUCAAGCCUUGGCUAAUUCAGUUUUGCGUUUAUACCGGGAUUAAUGUUUUGGUACAUCGCUCUAUCGACUUUUGAUGGGUGCAUUCGUCUCUGAGCUUCUUUUGCAGGGAAUAGAGCAUUCGUCAGCUUCAUAAACCA